GCAAAGAAAAAAAGGAGGAAGAUUCUGCGCAUGCGCGUGUAAAGUAUACGUCAGCUCUUCUCUAACCAAGCUGCCUGAAAGCUACGUGGCCCUCAUUCUUCUGACUGUCUUCUCCUCUAACACGACCUCAGACACAGCUCUAACACCAUGGAUCAGGUAAUGCAGUUUGUCGAGCCCAGCCGGCAGUUUGUCAAAGACUCCAUCAGGCUCGUAAAGAGAUGCACAAAACCCGACAGAAAAGAAUUUCAGAAGAUUGCCAUGGCCACAGCGAUUGGGUUUGCCAUCAUGGGUUUCAUCGGUUUCUUUGUUAAACUCAUUCAUAUCCCCAUCAACAACAUCAUUGUUGGUGGUUAAAUCCUAGUCAAGAACAAACGACUUCAAUACCCGGGGACAGGACACGGCAGCAAUAUUGGAUUGGUGUGAUUGGGGGCUGAAGGGAUGACAUUUUUACAUUCUGUGCACGACAUUUAUAUUUCAAUGUGUAAAUAAAACAAAUGGAAACCCA